AACCAACGUCUCAACUUAUGCAGUUGCACUUGGCCGCGUUUAUCGUUUGCCUGGUUUUUGCAGGCAGCAGCCACGCCUACAAUGUGCCAAAGGCCACAGUCAAGGUGAACACGCCUAAGGGCUUUGAGGUUUCCAUUCCUGACGAGCCUGGCAUCACGCUGUUUGCCUUUCAUGGCAAAGUCAACCAGGAAAUGGAUGAUCUCAGUGAUCAGACCUGGGCCACGGAUAUCGUCCAGUCACGUAACGGACGCUGGACAUAUCACAAUCGACAGCAGAAACUGCAACCAGGUGACGUGCUCUACUAUUGGACAACUGUCAGAUACAAUGGGCUCGACUAUCAUGACUACAAUCAGCAUUACAAUGUGCCCCAAGAAGAUCUCAAUAGCCAUCUCAAUGUGCCCCAAGAAGAUCUCAAUAGCCAUCGCAUUGAUCUGCGCACCCAAAAUGGAACAAAACAAUCUAUCAUUAUAAAUGGUAAUCCCACAAUAAAUAUUUUUGUUUUGUAAUAUGUAUUUGAAAAUGCCCAACCGGAAGUUGCUUAGCAAAUUACUGCAUUCUAGCAAAUCAAAUUGCAUAGACAAACUUUUAAUUUUGUUCUCAAAGCUGUUUAUUGUUUAAAUUCAAGCUACAAACUAUUAUUGCUAAUUGGUCUUUUCUCUGAAUUAAUUAUAAAAUAAAUACAAUGCAAAUAAGCAAACCGAAAUUCCAAGAAA